CAGUUCCACGUUCUACGUUUAGAUUAUUGUGAUAGCUACGGCAAUGUCAAGCAGUCUGUCCUUACUGGAUACAAUCGGAAAGAAAAUGGAGUGACGGUGAUGUUGGUAGCGAUUACAACCGAGUUCCUUCUCUUCAAUCUACUUGCAUUUGCCAACAAUGUGCUCGAACUCACUGGUGCCUACGGACAUUCACAGUUGGAGACACUGCUCGUCGAAGUUUCCGCUUUACUGGUCAACAUAAAUGGUGCUUCUACAAUUGUGAUUUACCUGAUUUUCGGAAGCAAAUACCGAGCUAUUUUCAUUCAGGGUCGAUCCCACAAGUAUUUUCUGGAGAAAAUGAAACUCGAACUCUACAAGAAAGCGUACUUUGUCGUACUGAUAACGAAUCGAGAUGUGUUUCUAGUAUCACCGCUCGCCACUAUCAAAUGGUUGAAAUCUUCCUCAGAUUCCGAAGUACCAUGUCGUCGACAUGGAAACACCUUGGAACGGGAUUAUCGUCGCUGUCGGACAACCGAAAGUGUCACAACACCUUCGCAAACAGGCUACUCAAUGGCUGAACAAAUGCGUUACAAAAUUGCCGUCAAAUUGUCCGCAAAUGAUCAAUUCUGUCGACGAUCCGACAAAUUCGGCACAUUGACAAAAGGCUUCUUCCAUAUCACUGGAUGUCGAUUUAAAGGGAACCAGUCAACGAAGAUAGGAAUUGACAUAGCUGUGACAUCGCUCUGUGGAGUACGAAGGCGAAGACUGGCGAAUCCACGAGGAUUGGCUCUCGACACGACAAUUGUCGUGAUGUUCCAUCCAAUCUUCAUGACUCAAGUCGACAAGGCUUACCACCUGCAGUGUCAUUACUUGGAGACGAGUAGCAACGUGACAGGAGCACUGGAAGUGAUCACGCCCUCAGCCACUGAAUUACCGCUAAGCAUCGCUGUCAUGGAUGAAAAGAAAACUCCGACAUGCAAAUAUGAGGUUCUCAACAAAGAUCGAAACGGCUCUCCAGUACAGUUUGCAAGCUUGGGUGCUACUGUUUACCACAAAUGGACAUGCGAAUCGGAAGACAUGAAACAAUACUGCAUGACCGUACAUUCGUGCACUGCCAACGACGGACAUGGCAUCGGGCAGCGACUAAUCGAUGAAAAAGGGUGCUCCUUGGACCAAUAUCUUCUGGACAACCUUGAGUACGGUGCGGACCUCACUGCCGGAAAGGAAGCGUCGAUGAACGACUAUGAGCAAUACGACACAGAAGAUGUCAUCGUUGAAAAAGACGUCAAGGAAGAACAUCUAAACGUUCGAAAUUCACGAGACGCAGUACGGCGUAGUCACGAUGUCGAUGUUUCGUCUUCCUCUAUAGAGGUCCUUGAGCUUCCCGACAUUGGUAAUGUCAUUUCUAAGAUUCCAUACGCGCAUAACAGAAUACUUAAAAUCUAUUUAGCUAAAGAAUUAGAAGUCAUCAAUCGAGAUAACAUAAAGGUUCCUCAUUCAGAAAUGGAAAAGCGAUCAUGUUUGGAAGACACAGACCCUACUAAUAGUGACAUACAGCAAAUUUGGGCUGACCGAUUAGUCGAUGUUCAGUCCAAAGCAGAUAUCAACACCAUUUGGCUGACAGAAGGGCUUUCCAGCAAAUGGGAUUCUGAAAAAUAA